AGUUUCUGCUGGGAGCACGUACGCCCAGCACGCAAGCUCAGCGGAAAGGCGGCGGCGGCGGACCUGCAAGGCUAGGGGCGUGGCUUUGCUGAAGUGGGCGGGGCACCGCACCGAAGGACAGCGGCGCUUGCCUUCUCCCUCACAGUGCGGCAUUCCACCCCCCUCCCCGUCGCGUCGCGGGGCCAGGGGAAGAAGCAAGAUGGCGCCGGCUGCGAGCGGGGACCGGGGGCUGAAGAGCCUGGUGUGGCAAAGUGAGUGCCGGGUGCUGUUGCCACAUCUCUCUUUCACGCCCCGCGUUCUUUUUCUCCCGCCGGGGUAGGGCGUAGAGGCAGAACCAGCCCGCUCCUCUCUUGCCCGGCAGCGGCUGUGAGGGAGGCCUCCUCUCUCUUUCUCCCCCCGCUGUCACGGGAAAACGGAGGGGAGGCUGGCGGGUGGGUGCGUGGGUCGUGCAAGGCGCGAGGGUGGCGGCGUUGGUCGGCUUGUGUGUCUGGAGGGCAGCGAGGCAACUCCCGAUCCUGACCUGUGCCCGUAACGGCAUCCUGACGUGCAAGAAAAAUGAGGUGAAGCAGUUCUCUCCCACUCUUUUUAUCUGCACGCCUGGAAAUGCUUCACUUGCUACGUUUCUGUAUAUCGGGCGGCGUUUUAAGGAGCGGGGAAAGACGACUUUCCUCUUUCGCACGCGAGCAGGUGUCGCCCUACGGUGGAUUUUCAUUUCGUUGGGUUGCAUGUAAGGAUUUCCAGCCCCCUGCCUUACAUGGAUUUUCAUUUUGUUGGGCAUGCAAGGAUUUCUAGCCCCCUUCCUUACAUGGAUUUUCAUUUCGUUGGGCAUGAAAGGAUUUCUAGUCCUGUCUGUCUGUCUAUAUAUGUGUUUUAAAGAAAUGAACCAUGAGGAGUAAGUUAGGUGGCAAAAUAGCCCAAGGUUAUUGUGGCUGAAUGUAUGUUUUUUAUCCUGCGCCCCAGUUUAAAGGCCAGCCGUCCAUAUUCCCCCCCCCCCUUGCAGAAGGAUGAGGAGAGGGUGGGGCUGGGAAGGUACGUUGUCGGGGCCACAUUUCUAGUCCUGGUCGGUAACACCUGGGAGGCAGUGUGAAUGGAUUGAGUGUUGGGUUUUGGACCUGUGCUUACUGGAUAUAAUUUACUCGCCAUAAUUUGCCUCACAUCAUGGUUGAGAAUAAAAAUAGGAUUCCCUUUUAAGAGAUCUUCAGAUUUAAGGAAAUGUUUAAAAUUAAAAUGGAAUCGGGGCUUUUGAAGGGCUGAGUGAUGCGAUAUGAAGACUAUAACGCAUUUUUGUUGUUCGGGGUGCUGUGCGAGUGCUGAAAAUCCCUUCAAGCACUGUGUUUUGUAGGAUGCAGGUAGCAGUUGUCAGUCCCAGAAUGGGUGAAGAAAAAGAGGUGGUAUAAUUUGCAACCAGAGGGACAGCCCAUUGGUUUCAAUAUAUAUAGUUUCUUAGCUUUGUACAAUAUGGGGCUCAUAUAUAUCAUUUUUUUGAAACUUAGUUUUUUUUCCUUUCAAGAAAAAGCAAGCACAAUGGCAGUUUGUGUUAUGACUUACCUUUGGACCUUUCAACUCAUAAUGGCCUCAAGAUGAUUGUAACCGUUGUUUUCUGUUGCCACAUUUGUUUCCUAAUUUUACUUCUGUUGUGAUUUAAUAUUCCUCUUUCUGUCUCUGCAUGUGUUUAAAAAUAAAUGGAGCAGAUGUUUGGGGGCAUAAGGGGCCGGAUGUUUUCUGUGACCCACCAUCAAAAGCUUUUCAGUGACCAAAUACAUCAUUGUUUCGUUACAUUAGAAUACAGAGUUCUCUGAAACAGAAUGAUUGUGGUUAUUUGAAGAGUGCAUUCAUCUUUGACUAGGGACCUUGAAAAAUGUAGAUCUUGUACAGUAAGUGAUAUGGAAAUGGCAGUUGUUACUAGUAGUGUGGCAUCAUAAUACAAGGUGUAACAUAAGCUGAUUGUGAACAUGAAGCCACUGUACUUCAUACAGUGUUUUUAAAGAGUUUUAUUUAAAUGUUCUGUGAUUGAUUACAGACUGUAUAGCUGAAAAAGUAAUAAAAAUAAUUUAAAAAUGCUUCACACAUUGCAAACUUUGAAACAAGUUUAGACUUUAAGGAAGUCAUUACUCUUUGAUUUACAAAAAAUAUUUGUGAUUAAAAGAGGCUAUAGGUUCCUGUUGGAGAUAAAACCUUUGAAUCAUUGUUAAUAAUAGCUCUGAGUCAGAGGGUUUCUGGAGUAAGAAUCCUUGGAGAAGAGUUUUCGUACAAAAAUGCAGUAGCUUUCAGCACUGUUUAAAGUGGCAGGGAACAGACUCAUACCUGCCUUAUAUGGUUACUAUUAUUCAUAAAUAUAACACAAUAAAAAUAUAAUAAAAACUCUUAAAGAAGUGUAAUACAGUGGUACCUUGGGUUAUAGACGCUUCGGGUUACAGACUCCGCUAACCCAGAAAUAGUACCUCGGGUUGAGAACUUUGCUUCAGGAUGAGAACAGAAAUUGCGCAGCAGUAGUGUGGCAGCAGUGGGAGACCCCAUUAGCUAAAGUGGUGCUUCAGGUUAAGAACAGUUUCAGGUUAAGAACGGACCUCCAGAACGAAUUAAGUUCUUAACCCAAGGUACCACUGUAUGCAUGUUGGGGGGAAGAAGCAGUUUUUUUCUACUCACUCUGAAUUUAUUUCCUCCUGUUUACUUCUUCCCUGUCCUAUAUUGCUCCACUGUGUAUUGGUAUGGAAGUUAGUGUUAGACAAGACACACAUACUGACUCUUAGAGAGGGAUGAAAGUUUGCUUCAACCCCCUCUCCAGCUUUGUGUAUGUCACUAGGAAGACUGGGGGAUUGGUUUUGUGGGGGUGGUGGUGGCUGGUAUUCAGGUUUAGUGAAAAGCUCUGGUUUAGUGUAAAAGCUAAACAAAUCUUGCCAAAAGUGCUCCAGUUGGGAGAUGGAAGCAGAUGGUGCUGAGCCUCUGGGCUAGAAUGCAAUACUGUUGUAGCUGGACAGACUAAGGAUACAAUCCUGUACACAAUUACUUGGGAUUAAUUCCCAUUGAAUUCAGUGGAACAUAUUCCUUAGUGGACAUGCAUAUGGUUGUAUGGCUAGGAACCUUAAGAUAAUAGUCCUGACUUGUCUUCACCAACUUCCUAUUGGUGUGCUUGUUGAAUAAAAUACUGUAGGUAGUUGAAUUUUCCCACAAUGCAUAAUUGUCUAUAAAUGCCGCGGGGAAGAGGAGGUGAUAGUCUUUAUUAAGGCUUUCUUUGGUAUGAAAAUUCAGACUCCACAUUCAACUAAAAAAUUGGGCCUUGAGAAUGACUCAAGAAAAUUAUUGAAUAAUAGAGCAGGAAGCACAUCUGCAGCAGAGAAGAGUGAACAUGCUGUUGUGGGCUGUUGGCAUUAGAAAGCAGUAACUUAUUUUAUGAAAAAUACCUAACACAUUGAAUGAGCUGUCUUUGCUGUACGUAUUAGUAUAGUGGUACCUCAGGUUAAGUACUUAAUUUGUUCCGGAGGUCCAUUCUUAGCCUGAAACUGUUCUUAACCUGAAGCACCACUUUAGCUAAUGGGGCCUCCUGCUGCUGCUGCGCCGCCGGAGCAUGAUUUCUGUUCUCAUCCUGAAGCAAAGUUCUUAACAUGAAGCACUAUUUCUGGGUUAGUGGAGUCUGUAACCUGAAGCGUAUGUAAUCCGAGGUACCACCGUAUAACACAUUAAAAAAAUAAAUUACACAACUCUAUCACCAGUUUAAGUACCAUUUCUCAUGUCUUUUUUCCAUUAAAAAAUCACACCCUUGGUUUAGUAUUGCACUUGCAGCAGUAGUAACCAUAUUAAUACUUUAAAAAUAAACAAAAUUUGCAAAUAUAGAUACAUUAGAGACAGAAGCAGUCUUGCAGGUGGAGAACUUCCUGAUGAGUGUGUGGGUUUCAGUUUGCUUUUUUUAAGUUCAGAUGUGCAGAGAGGAAAAUAGUCAUGUGCCACAUCCUUUGCAGUUAGGAGACAUCUAAGGAGUUGUUUAUAUUUCUGGUUCUGAAAUGUUACUCUACAUACUUCAUUUUAAUGUUUUGCUGCCAUGUUCUUUUCAGCUUGUGCCAUUAGCAAACACAUUGUAUAAAAAUGUCAGUUUUUUGUUGAAAUGAAAUUAGUUGUUUGAACUGUCAGGCUUUUUCCUUACAGAGCUAGAUUACUUCACAUUGUUACAGUGCUGCUAUUUUAACUGCUGGAUUUCUUUUUCAGAGCUAAAAGCAGCAGUAUUUGAUGACUGUAGGAAAGAAGAGGAAUGGAAGGUAAGUUUAAUCUUUUUUAAUUGCCUCUGUCAAAUACUGUAUAGUAGUUCAUCCACCAUUUACACAACGUACUUGACUAGGCAUCUCCUAGUCAAGUAAUGGUGGCCUUUGGAAAGGUUACAUAUCUGAUAGCCGUAUCACAAUUCCAUAAGUUCUUUUAAGGAAGCAAUAAUACUUAAAACAGUUUCAUUCAGGUUUUAAAUUUGUACAUGUUUGCUUAAAUGCGUGGCUCUUGGAUUUCAGAGGAGCUGUGUCCCAAGCACUUCUUGGAACCUAAGACCUUGACUACUUAAAAGUUUGCAUUGGGCUUCAGUGUAUCCCCACAAUCCAGGGUCAAAGGAAAAUGUGGAUAUACUGCUCAAUAACAUAGUAUUUAAAUAAAUGGGAACUACUGAAAUGCUGCAAAGAUAUGCAUCUACACUAUUUUGAAAAAUCAGAUAAUCAUAUUUCUAUUUAUUAGGACAAGAUAUAAGCGAGCCUUGUGCUUGCUCGUGGUGCCUCUUCCCUUUGCACAAACUGGCUUAAAACCUCUAAUUAGCAAUAGUUUCCUGUUUUGUCUGAACCACCUUUGGAACAAGCCAGGUUCAAACAAUGCAUUUAAUGCUCUGAUGCCUGCAAGCCUAGUUCCUGCUGUAGAUGUAACAGGAAAUUAUGGUUAAUUGACGAGUUCCUGGAUUUUAUUUUCCAAUGUUACAUAGGGAGCUCUGUGAACAAGCAAAAUGCCCAUUCAUAUCUCAGCAUAACACUCUUAGUAUAACUUCUUCAAAUGUUUUCACCAUUCAAGAAGAACAUAUCUAAUAUUUUAGUCUUAUUUUGUAAACUAAAAUUUUCUUAACCAAAGGAACAAAUCACUUGUCUAAGAUAUGUAACACUCUUCAGAUACAGCAAAAAGCCGUGUGGAUGCCAGGGAAGCUCUCUGGGUGCAUGUAUGCCUAUAUUGGCAGUCCUUGGCAUAAAUAUAUUAGUUCAUUAGGCCUGUAUUGCAGUGUCCUUAGUAUGUGAUCACCAUACCUUAAUGUGCCUUAAUGUCUAGUUGUAUAUGUCAAGCAUCUUCAUUUUGUGGCAGAAGAGAGGACGGAGACUGGUAAGCACAGUGGUUCCAUUCAGUGCUCAAAACUCCCAUUGUUCUAGGCACAUUUUGUGACAGGGAAUUUCAUUACCAUGUGGAGUUUCUGAGCUCUGGGCGCAGUAUUGUGCCUAAGAUUUCAGAUUAAAACUGGAGUGUGGAAGAAAAGGAGGACCUUUUUCUGCCUCCCCACUUCCAGCUAUUCUCUGAAGACUGGAGAAGAGACCAUCUUCAGAAUAUUAGGGAGGUGAGCAGGGGCAGGACUAGACCCUGUGAAAAAUGAACAUAAUAUUUUAGCUGCAGUUCAUUCAUUUGCAGCUUUGUAUUCUUGUUAUAAAAAAGCAUGCCUAGACAUUCCAUUGUUGUGCCCAUAACCUAGGUUUAAGGUGCCAUUUAGCUCCUAGCUUUCAUAUCUCAGUUUCUAACACUGGUUCCAUAUCUAGUGCAAUUUUUUGAUUGUGUCAUCUCUUUUUUCCUUCACUUCACAUUAUGUGGACUUGAUGCAGAUAACAUUAUAUAUUUUAUUUAUAUCCCAUGGGGCUUAUGAAGGAUAACAAUAUAUUAUUACAGGGACUGCCUUGGAAAAGAUAACUUCAAAAACUAGAGUUGUCACAAAAGGCACUGAGCAGACUUCUAGCUGGGGCUUCUUGUGUUGAUAUCAUUACAUCUACAUUGACUGUGGAAUCGUCCUGGCCUGGUUUAACUCUUAAAACUCAGGAACAGUAAGGGACUUGGAUAUUGAAUGGAUUGCCUGCUCCCACAUAGGCACUCAGAUCAGUAUCUGACACCCUGCUCCAUGUUCCUCUGUUUUCAGAAGUGAGGUGAGUGGGCAUGAGAGGCAGCACCUUUCAGGUUGUGGUGCCACAAUUGUGAACCUUUUUUCCAGGAGACACCCAUGUGGGUUAAUUAUUGUUCACCUUUCAGCAAGCAAUGAAAAUCUAGUUACUUAGGAAGUACUUUGAGGCAAAUUAAUAUUAAAAAUCAAGCUGUUGUAAAAUACAUAAUUGUCUUCUUUUUUGUGAUGGUUUAUUUUAAUACUGCCACGUUGUUUAUAGGAUUUAUAUUAUAUUUAAUGUUUGGAAGCUCCUAGGGGUUCUUGGGACCUGAAAUGAGGAGUAUUAUAUACUUUAUAAAUGAAUACAUUAGUAGGUACAACGAUUUUGAUUUAUCAUUAAGCUCUCGUCUUAAAACCAGGCAUCAAAACCAAUUUCAAUAAAGAAGCUUACAAUUGGAUAUAAUUUUCUAAAGCACUACUUCAACAUUUUUUAUACAGAUAAUUCUUCUAGAUGACUUCACCACAAAGCUUCUGUCAUCAUGUGGUAAAAUGACAGACUUAUUAGCAGAAGGGAUCACUGGUAAGUACCUUUUAAACAGAGUUCUGUGAUUCUGGCAUAUGGGGAAACUUGUUUUGUCAGCAUUUGCAGAGGACAUCCAGUGGAAACUUAUUAAACAAAAAAGUCAUGAAUUUCAUCUCACUUCUUUCUGUUACUCAUUCUGCUGCUGGAUUUGUUACUUCCAUCUCUUAACUUUGUCUUCAUUGAGUUUCUUAUCCUUUUGGUAUUUGGUUGUAACAGAAGAAUGAAUGGAAGAAUUGUCAGGAGGGGUGUUGAAUGGAAUGUCAGGUGGAGUUUGAAUGUGUCUGUUGCAAAAUGACAGUUGAAAGGUGUGUGUGAGACAGAGAAAGGGAGAAUUUGAGCUGAAUGAGUUAACAUAGCUAAUGAGGAAAGUUAGUCAUAUUAGAUAGGAUAUUAGAACUGUGAGUAUUCUGUAUUAAAUGCCUACUUGCACUGGAUUACCUUCCUUACUUAAAUAUAUUACUGUGUUCAGAUAUGGGUGAAUUUCUAGGGAUGUAUCUCAUACUGUGUGCCUGUUUAAGACAUACUUGAACAAGACUAUAAAGGGAGAGUCCUACUGCUCUUCAGAUCAGUAGGUAGUGACAGAAGGUAACCAGGGAACAUGCCCUGGGUGGGUGGGAGGAAUCCUAAGAACACCAGUUACAAGCUUUUUCUCUUGAUUCUUGUUUUUAACUUCGUGUUUCUUUUCUCUUUCUCUAAUCUUUCUGUGUUGUUGUUGUUGUUUUUUGUCGUGCUCUGAGAAUGUGGGCUAAAGGUUCUGUGGUUUGGGGUGGCAUAAUGUUAAUCUGCUUGUAUUCCAAACUACAACAGUGGGUAGGGGAAUGGCUAAUUACAGAAUGACUUACUGCUAUAAUAUACCGUAGUUGUUGGAUUGUCAUCAUGCAGUUUUCAUGGCUGCUACUAGGUGGCAUGAUGACAAAAACACAGAGAGGAACCGGCAGGACAGACUGGGGCAGUUCCCCAGCAACUGUCUGCUCUCCUGCUGCUGUACACCUUCACACCAAACAAUGCCCGUUUCAUACUUAGCAGCAUCAGAGGCUGAAGAGGAAGAAAGCAGCAGCAAAGCAGGAAGGUUGCUGGGGAGCUGCCCCAGCCUGUCCUGCCUGUUCCUCCACAGCUUGCAUGGCCAUUGGUUUGGGGCAAGCUGUCCGCCCUGUUGGUAGGCAGCAGGGAAGAGCAAGCAAGGCUGCUCUAAUUGGGGAUGGGGAAGCUUCUUGAUUGGCCCUUCCUGCAUGUUGCCUUGUGGGGGGACAAAGCGAGACUUUGAAGGCAGAAUGGAGAGACAGCGAAGCGAGCUGGGGCAGUAGCUCCUAGUAUAUUACGGCUUUCUGAAACAUUUGACAGUGGGGGCAGAAGGAAAGUCAUGGUUAAUGAAGGCGUGGUGGGAAGUGAUAACUUCCAAAAUGGAUUUUGCUGUUAAAUUUUAUAGUCUAUAAACAGCCAUAUUUAAAGGAACUAAAUAAAUUUAUUUUUCCUUGCUGCAGCUAUCCUAAAGCUCAGAUACAAAGUAGUUAUGGUGUAAAGCUGGAAGUGCCUGAAAAACUACCAUGAUAAAACUAACAUUUAAAAAUCUGUUUACAUAAUAGUGAUUGAUUAGAAUCAUUAUGUAAAUCUAUUUGACACCUGUAGGUGGUGAGACUACAUGCAGUUUGCGAUACUGUGCUUAUUUUGUAAACUAAGUUUGCUAACUGAUGCCUGAAUUUAUUAACAUAUCACUGAUUUCAGGCCUGUUUGGGUUUGACUUGUGGUCAUUUUGGUCUUUGCCAAAGGAUAAAUGGAAAACCCUAAUUACAACACUCACGUGGCUCGGCAAUUUGUUUGCUUCUUUCAUCUUAGAAGCAUUCCCCUAUGAGAGAAAAGGAAGUACUUGCAACCUGCAGUUUUUCUUUUAAAGUUCUUCUUUUAAAAUUAUUGGGUUGGAUCCAGAUUCGCCCCUCUAAGAAUGGAAGGGGCUCCAAGGGAAGGGAGCCUGAAUUCAGUAGUGCUCCCCAUUGGAGGUAGGGAGUUGGGUGGGAGUUUCCUAGAUUUCCCCUCUGGCCCCCAUUGCCACCUCUCAUAUUGUUGAUCAAGUGCAGGACUUAUAUAAUAUGUUUUAUCUUGCUCUUUUCAUGCUUUGUUAAUUUAAUAUAAUUAUUACUUUUGAUUGUAAGUUUUGGGUUGGCUUGGAAUUAUUAUUAGGAAAAGUGGGAACCAGCAUGAAAAUGGAGUUUUACCAAAUCAGAGAUCCAUCAUGUACUUUUUAUUUUUUUUGCAAAUGUAGAUGUAUAAAAUACUGAAGGUUUUUUUUUUAAAAAAAUCUUAUUUUGUAGUUGUGGAGAAUGUUUAUAAAAACCGCGAGCCAGUCCCUAACAUGAAAGCCAUUUAUCUCAUCACACCUACAGCAAAGGUUAGUUGUUUUUUAAGCCUGUUGGUCAGUUUGACUUAAUCUUCUUGUGAAUAAAAUUUUAAAAAAGUACCAUGUGAUAAAAUGUUCAUAGGUUACUACUUCAUUGAAAUGUGUAGUAGUAGUAAAGAGUUGCUGAGGAACAGUGGUCAUUGCAGAUCAGAAUUUUAUUUGAAAGGGCUAUACUUCAUGUAAUUCUCUUUUUGUCAAUGGGGUUAGAUCCAGAAAAGUACAAGCAUACUUGUGCUGCGUUACAGAGAAUAAAGACCUUGGGGGUCAACAAGCAUCUGGGGUGGAAAAGAAGUUUAUGAGGUACAGUGGUGCCUCGCAAGACGAAAUUAAUUCGUUCUGCGAGUUUUUUCGUCUUGCGAAUUUUUUGUCUUGCGAAGCACGGUUUCCCAUAGGAAUGCAUUGAAAAUCCAAAAGGAAACAAACUUGCAAGACGUUUUCGUCUUGCGAAGCAAGCCCAUAGGGAAAUUCGUCUUGCGAAGCAACUCAAAAAACGAAAAACUCUUUCGUCUUGCGAGGCAUUCGUCUUGCGAGGUACCACUGUAUACUGCGACAAAAUUAUUUGGGAACGAUGAGCCUCAGAAGUAAAGGGCAUGGGAAUGUACGGAGUGCAGCUCCCGUGUUAAGAAGAAUCAUUGUAUUUUAAAAGAUGUAUUUAACAAUACAGCAGAACGUGGUGACUUAAGAUUCAGACUCGCAAACCAACAGCCCAAUAUUCAUAAACUUUGUUAAAGCCCAUCAGGCCCACCCAUCUCAUUUGAUAAGAUAAAUUACUAUUAAAUUCACUUAUUUUGCUUCCUUAUUUUUUCCACUUUGGUUCCUAGUAAUGGUGAUGAAUAAUUAAUAAUUGUUGUUUAUAUUUUGAUAUUUCUUGACUAUUUCAUUUACAUUCCUAAGAAUGUGGGUUGGGGUUUCUUAACUAUAAGCUCAUCAAGGGGUCAGUGAAAUGAAGUUUGGGAAAACCUGAUUUACACUGUAGUUUGUUAACAAGUCAGGAUCAUAAUCACAGUUUGAUUAUAGCUUGUUUGAAAAAAACUAGAGUCAUACAUUUCAAAUACAGUCUUUUCUGCGUCUUGCAAAUACACUUUGUAUGUUUUUUAUGAUUUGCUGUCCAUUUAAUACACUUCCAAUAAAUCUGUAUAUUAAUAAAAUAAAUACAAGUUUUGUUUGCCAAUAAUUUUCUCUAUGCAAAUUAAAGCAGUUUCUCCCCCCCCCCCCCCAGAUUUUGACUUGACUUUGUUUUAGCCCUUUUUUAAAAGGAAAUAUACAGUGUUCCUCAAUUAUGGAAAAUGUACUUCGGCUUAGAAACACAGAAUAGUUAAAGCUUUUUCAGAGCGCUUAAAUAGCAGUUGAUAUUGAUAUUUGUAGUAGUCAAAUUUAUUUCCUAAAAACAGUUGAUAAUCACAAAAAUAUAGACUUAAUCAAGUUGAGAUAUCUUUUAGUAUAGAUAAUCCACAAUGCCUUGGAUCCUAUUUGUAAGAGUUGAAAUAAAUUAGAAUGUACUGUCUUAAUUGUUCAGUCUGUAGAUGGGCUUAUAAAUGACUUCGUCAGUAAAUCAUCCAGCAAGUACAAAGCAGCAUAUGUCUACUUUACUGACUGUAAGUAUUCACUGAUUGUAGCAAAUUCAUUGAUUUUUUUAUUGUAGCCAUGGGAGCAGGCAGGAUAAUGACCGUUGAGCCUUUUGUGUAUUUCAGGUGUGAGGGGAUUGGUUAUGACUAAAAAACCUACAAUAUUCUGACAAGAGUAUUACGUGUUUCCCCAUAUUAUUCUGUAUAGUGUAGUUUCUUCCAAGUGCUGCCUUAAGUAUUUUGUCUUUGGGAUUUCUUCCUGCCAACUUGGUUCCUUAGUGCCGCCAGAACAGCUUAUAAUAUGAAACAAUAUAAUCACAACAAACAGCAGUCAUCCAUUAAAACAGCCCUGCAUAGACAAUCCUAAAGCAAUAUAGGUUUGGUGUAUAAACAGUUAAAACAAAGUAAAAACUAGGAUACCAUUUAUAAUCAUACUCUUCCAUUCUCCCAUCUGCCAGAAAUGGCUGCUCUAGAAAAAAACCUUUUAAUAAUUUACCUAAAUGUGAAAACAGUUGCCUUGGUUAGCAGUUUUGGGAAAUAACAACAAAAUGAGGACAUGCCCACUGAAAAGGUCUUCUCCGUUCAGAUUAGGAUAACAAAAAGGUUCAGAGCAGUGGGUGGUAUGCAAUGUUCCUGUUAGUGCAAGGGACGUGCAGUAGUAGAACCAUACUUUUCUGUGCUUUUUCCUUCAGUCUUCCCCCUUGCUCCUUUACUUACACACACACACACCCCGGUGAACACUAGAGGGUUAGGUGACCUUCCACAGAUAAUUUAGUCUGAAGACUGGCUUCUGUUUUGGUGCUUAAAAAUAGUUUGCCACUAUAGGCAAGAUAUUUUGACCUGGUUUAGCUCCCGUGGUUUGGUAUUAUGAGAAUUAAUCCAGCUCGCCUCUGGACUCACAUGCUUACUACCUCUUCUCACUACUACUCAUUUCCUCCUCCAGCACAGCUGCAAAGAGCAAGCUGCUUUGGUUUGGCUAGCCUGGGGAUGUCUAACCUGUGACCUUCCAGGUGACGGACUCAGACUCCCAUCUGCCCCAGCUUAGCCUGCAGGGUUAUUCACUCCUGCUUUAGUUUGGCAAAUUGCCUGAAACCUUAACUGUAAUCUCUGGAAACAAGCUAACUGCAUAAACCAUGGUUUAGAGUUGGUUCACUUUCAUUAAUCAUAAUUAAGUUUAACUACAGUUUGUCCUGGUUCAGAUGACACUGUAAAUGGUGGCUAAUAAAAUAUUGAAUUAAGAACUUCUGAAUUCUGUGGUUGUGCUGGAGGAGGAGGAGCUUCUUGUAACACUAAAUUAUGGUUUAGUGUUCUUCCUAAUCAGACCAUUGUGGAUGACUCAGAAUACCCACAUGAAGAAAAAAAACUAAUACUUUUCAGUAGAUUCUUGGUGUAUUUAAAAAUUAUUGGUAAGACAUACUUACACACUGCCUGUUGCAUAAAAGAAGUUUUACAGAUGAAAUAAUAUGACAGCUGAAAAACCUUUCUCUCCUCCUAGUUUGUGAUGACAAACUUUUCAAUAAAAUGAAGUCAUCUUGUUCAAAGGCUAUAAGACGGUGCAAAGAAAUAAAUAUUAACUUUUUCCCUUAUGAAUCACAGGUAAGCUUAAGUUACUGAACUUAACUUUUCCAUGUUUUCCAUGGAUUUGUCUAAUCCUCUUUUAACCUUUUAAGUAACUAAUGCUUAUUAUGUGGAGUCUUGCUUGUUAAAUUAUAUAGUAGUUAAAUAAAAAUAACCCUGUCAAAAAUAACUAGAAAGCUGCAUAUUUUGAAUAUUGUCAAAAAUGAUGUUAAUAUUUUAACACAAUAUUUCAACUCCUCUUACAUAACAUUGCCAGCCAUCAUAGCCGCAGACAGAAAAUUUAAAGUAUAUAGGCAUUUUCUCCUAAAUCUUUAGAAACCAGAUGGGGUUUUCAGUGGUUGGAACAUAUUCCAUAAAUUAUAAAAAUCAUUAGAUGUUGACAGAAAACUCUACAAAUGGGAAAAAGUGAAAUCAAAGCAUAGUUAUUUAGACAUUAGGUUUUUGGUCACCUGCUGAGAUUUUUAAAACCUAAAAUUUUUAGGUUUUAGACUUCUUUUUCACGAAGGUUGUUUUGACAUUACAUUGCCCAGUCAUAUUGAACUAUUGAACUUGGUUCUGACCACUUCAGGUUCCAUCAUCUGUGUAGAUAGCAAAAAGGUUGUACAGUAAUGCCUUUAAGUAAGAGGAGAAAGUAGACCAAUGUGGUAGAGGAAUGGUGAGUGAGAACAAGGAACAUAUUUCUUCAAGAGGACCAAGGAGAAGAGAUGUGGGGUGGGGGAAGGUAUCAUUAAUCUGUGUUAUACUAGAUAUUUAUUGCGCUUGCAAUUUAAUAAAAUCAUAGUUUCAAUCUUCUGCUGAUAUUGCUGUUACAUUCUGGUUCCUAAAACAGUCUAUUUGGAACCAUUUCUUUACUUUAGGUAUUUACCCUUGAUGUCCCAAAUGCUUUCUAUCGCUGCUACAGCCCCAUCAUGGAGAAGACAAAUGACAACGUAAUGGAGCAAAUAGCUGAACAAAUUGUUACAUUAUGUGCCACUCUAGAGGAAAAUCCUGGUGUAAGAUACAGAAGGUACAACUGGAAAUACUAUAUUCCAAGUGUUCUGUUGGUUUGAUCGAAAUGGAUUGUACGCUUUGAACAGUUUGGAAAGUCAACAUUGCCCAUUCUGAAAUGUUAGGAGGCAAUGCAGUUCCCCUGCAUGUGGGGAACAAAUCUAUGAAUAUAUACUGAGGAGUCAAAUAUUCUGUAUUAAAAGGAGUUCGUGCUCGUUGGGAAAGGAUUGGGUGGAGAGAGGGAGACAAGCAAGGUUGCACACCAGAAGGAACAUUGGUGUGUGUGAGACUAUUCAAAAGAGCUUUGGUAUACAUAACCAGGUCUUCGGCAGGUACCUAAAGGUAAAGGGACCCCUGACCAUUAGGUCCAGUCGUGACCGACUCUGGGGUUGCGGUGCUCAUCUCGCUUUAUUGGCCGAGGGAGCUGGCAUACAGCUUCCGGGUCAUGUGGCCAGCAUGACUAAGCCGCUUCUGGUGAACCAGAGCAGCACACGGAAACGCCUUUUACCUUCCCGCUGGAGCGGUACCUAUUUAUCUACUUGCACUUUGACGUGCCUUCGAACUGCUGGGUGGGCAGGAGCAGGGACCGAGCAACGGGAGCUCACCCUGUCACGGGGAUUCGAACCGCCGACCUUCUGAUUGGCAAGUCCUAGGCUCUGUGGUUUAACCCACAGCGCCACCCGCAGGUACCUAGUUCAGUAUAGUUCCUUAACACUUUUCCAAAUUCCAACUCAGAGAGUGGAGGAGGGGAGAAAUGUAUAAAUCUAAUGAAGCUUAUGAUGGUUGGUGUUUCCCAUGCUAGUGAGCUCCACCCCAUACUGAACUCAACGCAUUCAGAAUAAAGAACUGUAGGGAAGAGUCAUAGCUUAGUGAUAGAGCACAUGCUUUGCCUGCAGAAAGAAGACCCCAUGUUCCAAUCCUGGUAUCUGUGUGAACUGCUGUGCAGAAAGGACUCCUUCCUAUCUGAAACUAUAGAGAGCUGCUACCACCUGAGUAUAGACAGUGCUGAGCUGGACAGACCAAUGGUCUGACUUGAAAAAAGGCAGCUUUGUUUGUAUGAAAUACUCCGUAGCAAAUGAUCACUUCAAAUUCUAAUAAAGCAAAUGAACUCAACUAGCUCACAAUCACUUAUUUCAGAUAUCAGUGUCCUCAUAAAUGUCAGCAAAAAUAUAUUUUCCUCUCUUUUCAGCAAGCCUUUGGAUAACGCCAGCAAACUUGCGCAAUUAGUUGAGAAAAAGCUUGAAAACUACUAUGAAACUGAUCAACGAAGUCAAGUAAAGGUAGAGUGAAUAUUUAGUUUUCUCUAGGAGGCUGGGGAUAGGAGAGCCUUGGAAUGUAGCUGGGAAGAAUGAAUGCUGUAAAUGCAGGAAAAGAGCUAAUAAUGCUCUUCCAUUUACAAGGGGAUGGAAUUGAACAAGGUUUUUAAACCACAACACAAAAGGAGAAGCAAGCCACAAACCUAUACACAAAACUUAUUCCAUGUAAAGUCCAACAUGUUACUUUCAAUAAAAUCUCUUGAGGGCAGAGGGGUCUGGCAUUCCAUUUCUUCACUGCUUAUUCCUUGAAGGAACCUAAAUGGCUUCCCCAUGAAAUAAAGGAGUAUAGGAGUAUAGAGUAUCAGGAAAAUCUUGGAAUAUGUUGGGAAUAUGGUUAUUGUUUUAAUUAUAUGAGAAUAAACUUUAGCCUUUUUCCCCUGUUAGUUUUUGUGUAGCUUUAAUUUCCUAGUGUGUCCUCUUUUUAAAAAGAUAGAGUAAAUCUUUUUAGGUUGUACAGCACUCUCUGUUUUGCUUGUUGUAUCUUUUAAAAAAAGUGAUGCUCUCUGAUUUUUAGGGGAAAACCCACUCCCAGCUGUUAAUAAUUGAUCGUGGCUUUGACCCUGUGUCGACUGUGCUCCAUGAACUCACUUUUCAAGCAAUGGCUUAUGAUCUGCUACCAAUUGAAAAUGACACAUACAAGCAAGUAUAAUUUCAUCUCAAUUUUUAAAUAUACUCACACAAGUUCAUAAACUCCUGCAAUGUAAGAAUGUAAGAAUACAUUCUGCCCUAUAUUUGUUAUCCCAUGUUGGCUGAAAUGGAACAUUCCCUAGAAGGACUGCCUUUGAAGUUCCUUGCUUAAAGGUGUUACACAUUGCAGAGCCAGAGGAGGACUCCUGAGAAUUGUGGGACACAGGAAUGCCAAAAAAGGAUGCUAAAGACAGUUUCACUGUCUUUAUUAAGAAGGGUUUAGACUUAACAGCAAAAAGUAGCCUGACAGUUCUUGCAUUUCGCACGAGAGACAGACACCACCAGGCAAGCAGAUGAUGGACUGCGCGCACCCAGCCUAAAGUGUAUACAUUCUUUAUACGGUAAAGCAGCAUACGUCACAUGGGAAUACAGGUGGCUGAUACCCAAAGCAUGAUCGAUGUUGCCCCUUUCUGGGCUCAGAGCCCAAUAUCUCCAACCCGCAGAUAAGAAUACCAUCAAAGCUAGCCAAUUAGUGCACUUCAAAGCGUAUGAAUACACACACACAUGAGGUCAUUGCUUCAGCCACUACAGUGGUGCCUUGCAAGACGAAAUUAAUCCGUUCCGCGAGUCUCUUCGUCUUGCGGUUUUUUCGUCUUGCGAAGCACGGCUAUUAGUGGCUUAGCGGCUAUUAGCAGCUUAGCGGCUAUUAACGGCUUAGCGGCUUUAAGAAAAAGGAAACAAACUUGCAAGAACUCGCAAGACGUUUCGUCUUGUGAAGCAAGCCCAUAGGGAAAUUCGUCUUGCGGAACGACUCAAAAAACGGAAAACCCUUUCGUCUAGCGAGUUUUUUGUCUUGCGAGGCAUUCGUCUUGCGGGGCACCACUGUACCAAUUAAGAAUGGGGUUAUCUUGACUAUCAACAUGGCAUAAGCAGAGCUUCCAGAACAGUCCACCUUUAGUUCAACAAAAAAGGGAAGGAGAAAUUGAGUAUAUUGUAAGUGGUGACAACUUUCUCUAUUUAAGUGGUCUGCAGAGAGUCUCAUGGAAGUGUGUAGUCUAUUGAUUUGAUUUGGGCAGUGAACAACCUUGUAGGGCUGAAGCUCAGUGGUAGAGCAUCUCCUUUGUAAAAAGAAGGUCUCUGGUUCAAUCCUGGACAUCUCCAGGAUGGGGCUGGGAGUACCCUCUAUUUGAAACCCUGGAAAACUACUGAUAGUCAGUGUAGACAGUACUGCGGUAGAUAUGGUAGUAGAAAUUGUUAGUUUUUUAGCCGGUCAGGAAUUAUUUUUACCAAAUCCUAAAUGUCGUAAGUAAGCCCCACUGAACACAGAUCCAUAGCAUCAUGCUGCAGGCUAAAUCACUUCAGUAACUUUAGUGCUACUCAAAAUUUUAAAGCAUUGAUCUGUCCCUCUGCCAAACAAUACCAUGUGACUCCACAGCUCCAUGUAUCAUACCACACUUUUGUGGCUUUACUCAUGUCAGCAGAGAAAGCCUGCAUAUGUGUGUGCGCGCAUAGAUAGACAGACAGAGGCACACUUCCUUUGUCCUGAGUCCAUACCUGAAGUGCCAAUCUAAUAUUCACAACAGACAACAUAAUUAUUUUUUAUCAAGCCCUGCUUAUUGCUAUUAAGAUACUAAUGUGAAGCCACUUUCUGGAUUUGUGUUAAUACAAAGAGUGUUAUCCCACACUUUCAGACAUGUUAGUUAAAGUAUACAGCCCUUAAGUUCCACAGUAAAUAGCUAACAAUCAGCUGUAGUUCAAAUGCAAACUUCCACAGCAAGAUUUCAGCUUUUCACCAUCUUCUACAUCUACUUUAGGAAUAACUAAUGCAUUCAAGAGAGACUUAUAUUUGUAUAAUAGCUACUAACUCUUUUUCAAUAAUAUGGUCUUAACUAACUUUCCAUUUUUUCCUUUCUUGUAUUUCUACUGCCUUCUGGUUGAAUCAGUUUUUAUGUGAGUUCCUAUACAUAUAAACGGUGUUUCGUGACAUAGCAGUAGUAAACUCUGUGGCAUUCCCCCAGUUCUUAGGAAUCUGGUUAACAGUUGGAAGAAUACAAUACUAGGCAUGUUAGUACAGAUACCUGUACAUUAAAUAAUUCCCAUAUAAGAAUCUGCUUUGUGAUUGUAUGUGAAAUCAAUAGUUGGAUUUGAAUUAUUUCCCCAAUUUAAAGUGAGAGAUUGUUCGCUGCACAUUGGGGUAAGAGGAACUGUUCUGUGAACUGAAGGAGGAGAUUAAUGUAAUGACCUAUGUAAACAGACAAUACGUUUUGGAGUAGGCCAUUUUGUGUCUCGGUUGAUGAUCCUUUAUACAUUACAUUACAUUACAAAAUAUUAUUACCCUUUUAGCAUAUUGUUUGCAUGUUUCUUAGGAAAUAAGUAGCUCUCACUUUAGAGGGACUUAUUCCUAGGAAUAAUUCCUAGGCUUCCUUAGCUUAGUAUUUCAGCUUUUUAUAUCCUAAAAAGCGCAACUAUUGCUUUUGUAUGUUGUAAUUAGGACUCUUGAUGUAUUCAAAACAAGAGUUUUGAAAUCCUUUUCUUUAACUACAAAACAUACGUGCAAAAAACUGUUCCAUGUAUUCAUCUGUUUAUAUAUUACAACUAAUAAUUUGCUUUUUUUUCUUUGUUUAGGUAUAAGACGGAAGGUGCAAGUGGAAAAGAAAGGGAAGCUAUUCUGGAAGAAGAUGAUGACCUCUGGGUGAAAAUCCGACACAGGCAUAUUGCGGAUGUGUUGGAGUGCGUACGAUUGAACAUAUUUUGCUGUUUUACAUAACAUUACUUGACAGCUACUUAAAACUAUGUGUGUAUCGGUGGUAUUCAGUACUAGUCCUACUCAUGGUAGGCCCAUUAAAGUUAAUGGUGCAACUAAGUUUGGUUCAUCAAUUUAGCGGGUCUACUCUGAGUAGGACUUAGCUGAAUCUGGCCCGUCAGGUUGUAUUCAACUAGCCUGGCAUGCUAGUGGAAGCAGUCCCGCUUCUGCAACAGAGACUGUGUGUUGCAAUUCCUGCAUUGCAGGGGGUUGGAAUAGAUGACCCUAUAGGUCCCUUCCAGCUCUACAGUUCUAUGAUUCUAUGAAAAGCAUUCAAGGAGGUGUGAAGCAGGGUGAGGGGUAUGACCUGGGGAGGGGUCUAGUAAUAGUCCGGAGGGCCAGAUAAAGAGGCCUAGAUGUGGCCCUCAGAUCUUAGGUUCCCACCACCCCUGCUCUAGGCAAACAAUAGGCCACAGCCAAGGAAUAUAAAGGGAGAGUACUGCCAUCUCUUGUUAAGUCAGUAGAAGGUGGAAGCCUGUAUUUAACUCUGGAGUAGUUGAGUGAGUCACCAUAUUGACCACUCGGGGACUUGUGAGGCACCUUGGGAAUGUUCCUCAUACACAGAAUAGUCCACUUAUUUCUGAGGACUAAAUCUACAUUUUUUUGCUGCUCUUGUUGAAUUUCUACUAAAUAAACUUGCUUACUACCGCUGUGUAGACAUACCUGAAACCAUUUUAUCAUUGAUUUUGAAGCCUUUAAGCAGUUGUUGUUAUUAUUAUUAUUAUUAUUAUUAUUCUUCUUCUUCUUCUUCCCACCUUUUCCCCAAACCAGGAUUGAAGGCAGCUUACACUAAGUAAAACAACACAGCUGAAAUACAAAAACCUAAAAGCUUAUAAAUUAGAAUAGUUAAAGUAAUGAAACUGUGAUAGAAUUAAAAUAAUAUAAAAGCAAAUCUGGUACAGAUUGUAAAAACAUCACAGCAUUAUUAAAAGUCCUUUCCUUUAAAAAAAAAAGUGAGUUCCCCAAAUCCUGUGAGAACAAAACAGUCUUCACCUGAUGGCAGAAGAACAAAGAGGAAGCCCGUCCAGCUUUUCUAGGAAGGGAAUUUCAGACUUGUAUAUAUUCUCAAUUUAAUUUAAAAAUAUUAAGAAGCCAUUUUCUUCUACUCUUCCAGGGAAAUCCCAAAACUUAUGAAAGAAGUUUCAUCAAAGAGAAAGGCAACAGAAGGAAAAGUAAGAAAUAAAUAUUUACUUUAAAGUGGUACUAAAUGUUUUUAAAUUUCUCUUCUGCAACUACCUUGAUACUAAAAACAUGGGUUUGGAAGUGAGAAUAACUGAAUGCAAAUCCACUGGGGUUUGUUUUCAAGUGUUUUUGAAUUGCCUUUUGUUGGUACUUCUAACCUACUAAAAUGGAGACUAAAAUAUAUAUAUUUGUAGUGCAAUCUUAAAUAUAUAUUGCAGUGCAAUCCUAAAUAACAGUAGUUUUUGAGUGAUGAAUAAAUGUUAUCAGUCAAUAAAUAAAAACACAGAAGAAAGGCCCUAUGACUUCAGACAGAUACUUUUUACCUUGUAAGUAAACACAGGAUUUCAGCCUUAGUAGACUUCUUGAAGCUGGCUAUGCAUUUCCCGGUCCUCAAACACAAUUUAAAAGAAAUGUUGAUUGUGAAAUAUUUGAAACUGAAAUUUGAAUUAUUUUCUAGCUAUCUUUAAGUAAUCUGGCUCAGCUCAUGAAGAAGAUGCCCCACUUUCGCAAACAGAUUACUAAGGUGAGCAAAAUGUAAUACUGUUAUAUGUUUGGAUGCUGUGCAUUUUUUAGAUUUGAGCCUAGAUUUGGCUUAGUUUGUGGCCAAUUAUGCUGGUGUAUAAGCAUGACUUAGGUGCUCUUCAGAUGUUGUGGGUUACAACUCCCAUGAUCUCUGAUAAUUAGUGAAGCUGGCUUAGUUUGAUGGCAGUUGGAGUCAAAUAUCAUCUGCAGAGCAUCAUGUGAACUGCUCCUGGUACAAGUAAUCUAACUGGUACAAUUGGAGUUAAGUAAACACAUAGGGUGGUGGUGGAGAUAAUUGCAUUAGCUCUGCCCCUGUCACCAUUGUGACUGCCCCUCUCAUGCUAGAGUGUAAAUUUCUGAAGCAGGAAGCAUUUGCACUAUUCUAAAUUUACGAGGAGCCUCCAUGAGUACAAGAAGACUCAUUGCUUCAGAAGUUCACCCUUUGAUCAGAGCAAAGACCUGGGCAGGAGAAGCAGGGUUAGCAAGGUAAUCCCCACCAUCCCACUUGCAUAGUUAGUUAACUGGCAUACUAACAACCUAAAGAGAGAUAGAAUUGUUCCGUAAACAAAAAAUCCCUUGUUGGAUCAGAGCAAGGAACAUCUAGUCCAGCAUUCUAUUGUCAUUUGGCUAUUCAGAUACCUCAGCAGGUUCAAAAGCAAAACAAAAAGGUUGUUAGCUCCCUGUCUCUGAUGUUUGAGGCAUCCCGAUUGUUUGUAAAUGAAGAUUUCAUUUACAUCUCACAACUAAUUGCUUUUGAUAGAUCUAAGCCUCAUGAAUUUGUCUUAAUUUUUAAAAUGUAUUAUUAUAUUAAAUUGUGUACCCUAUGUGCCAAAUCUACUUUGUAUUGUAUUUUCCUGGCGUGCAGGCAAUCUUAAGCAUGUUUGUUCAACUCUUUCUAAAUUCAGUGGGAUAUACUACUUAAAUGUGUGUUACGAUUGCAGCUUUAGAAAGUAUUAGGCUGGUCUUAAUUAGCAUUCUUAAAAAUUAUAACUGUAACAUAUUCAUGUUCAUUACAGUGGUGCCCUGCAAGAUGAAUGCCUCUCAAGACGAAAAACUCGCUAGACGAAAGGGUUUUUCGUUUUUUGAGCUGCUUCGCAAGAUGAUUUUCCCUAUGGGCUUGCUUCGCAAGACGGAAACGUCUUGCAAGUUUGCUUCCUUUUUCUUAACACCGUUAAUACAGUUGCGACUUGACUUCGAGGAGCAACUCAUAGAACGCGGUGUGGUAGCCUUUUUUGAGGUUUUUAAAGACUUUGGUGAUUUUCGAAGCUUUUCCAAAACUUUCCCGACACUGUGCUUCGCAAGAUGAAAAAAAUCGCAAGACGACAAAACUCGCAGAACGAAUUAAUUUCGUCUUGGGAGGCACCACUGUAUAGCUAUAACUUUUUCUUCAUGUAAAUAUUGUAGAGUGUGAAGCUUAUGUUUUGUGGAUUGUUUUUAAGAAAUAAAACUGGACACAUUAAACUUUACUGCCUGUUAAUGAAUUGUUUGUUUUCUGUUGCUGUGUCAUAAUGUGAUGUAAAAGUAAGCAAAUUUUUGCUUCUGUUUUGCAGCAAGUAGUGCAUCUUAAUAUAGCUGAAGAUUGCAUGAGUAAAUUUAAGAAUAACAUAGAAAAGCUGUGCAAAGUUGAACAGGUAUGUGAAUCAUCCAAGAGUACAAUGGUAUUUGGACUGAACAAACUACUGGGGACAGUAUAAUAACAGAAAUUCUAUUGGCUAUUCCCCUAAGGAGAGAACUCUAUAUCUUGGUGGCUUUUAAAAGUAUUUCUGGCCAAAGUAGCCUUUUUAAAAUCUGUUUAGUAAAAAAUAACUAAUGUUCUUUGCAAUUCUGGAAUACUAGUGCAAAGCUACUAGCAAAAAACUGGGGGGUGGGGUGUCAGCAUGUACGGCUAUAGUAUUGCCAUAGCCCUAUUUUCCUGACCAGAAAAGCUACCAGGAUAGUAUCAUAGUGGUCUCUCAUUGCCCUUUAGGGGUUAGUUUCAGUAGCUACUUUUGUUCAACAAUGGGAAGAGCCACAGUUAUGUCAUGGUUACUUUAUCAAUUUCUAAAAAUCCAGAACUAAGACUUAUGCCCCAGUGCUAUACUGGUGAGGGAGCAGCAGCAACAGAGAGGAUGCAACAGGAUAUAAAUUUACAAAGUGGAUCAAGUGAACUCGUUUCCUUGAGUAAUGUACUGCAGGAUCGGUGAACAACUGAACUUUUAUUGUUUUGCUCCGUUACUGCUAGUACUGUGUGGUUUCAUCUUACAGCAUUACUCCUAGCAAUCUAGUACAGUCAUAAUUGUAUUUGAGAGAGAAGGGAUAGUUACCUGGAAACACAACAUAUAUGAUAUGCCUCCAAAAUUCUACUUCCGCUUAAGGCUAAAUGUGGAUCUGUGGCAACAGACAAAAGUAUGCUGAAAUAAUUGCUGUGAACUUGAGAGGAUAUCUCUUGUUUGUAACUUAGGAUUUGGCUCUUGGAACAGAUGUAGAGGGACAGAAAGUGAAAGAUCAGAUGCGAGUCCUUCUUCCAGUACUGCUAAAUAAAAAUCACGAUAGCUAUGAUAAGAUAAGAGCCAUCCUCCUCUAUAUCUUCAGCACAAAUGGUAAGGUCUAAAUCUUCUAUCUACUGUCUUAAAGCAUAGUUCAGUAUGUCAUACACCAAACUACAUGAAUGUAAUGAAAUGUCAUGUGUAUGCACAUGUGUAUGUGUGGCCACAAUUCACUCAUGCCACCGGAGCAUGGCUUAUUGAGAUAAAUGACAGUUAUGCAAGAGUUAUUGUUGAGAUUACUAUUUUGGAGAAGAUGUAGCCAAGUAAGUUGUCAUUUGUUUAUAUGGAUAAAAAGCUGCCCAGCCCUGAAGAAUAGAUUUUUUAAUCUUAAAAUAUAUCUGGGGUAGCUGUAUUGGACUGUAAUUAUUGAAUUGCUGGUGAGAUGGAGAUUUUUCAGGCCUGCUGUGGUACAAACUUAUUCAGAACAGUGCUACACAGGUAUUAGGGUAGCACUUCAUAAAGUGUUUCAAACUUAUUAAUGCUUACUUAAAUUCUGUGAUUGAAUUUUACUCUAAAGCAUUUUGUUUUUUGUUUGUUUUUUAAGUUUCUUCAAUGCACACGGCACUUGGUUAAUGAGCAAUAUAUAAAUGGGCAGUAUAUAAAUAUAACAAAUAAAUACACAAAUCUCAGAAAGUUACUAAUUCAAAAUGUCACAUUUAUUUUUAAAUGUGGAAAAAGGAACUACACAAGAGAACUUGGACAAGCUGAUCCAGAACGUACAGAUAGAAAAUGAUAGCGACAUGAUAAAAAAUUGGAAGUAUCUUGGUGUACCUGUCGUCAUCGCAGUAAGACAUGCAGCAUUUUUUCCCUAUCAACUCUGUGUUACCUCUUGCUUAUUUUUAUUGUAUUGUUAAUACGUAAUGUCUAUUCGGGGAGUUCAGAUUGCUUCACACAGAUGAUUUUCUGAUUUGUACAACAACCCUGUAAGUAAGGGGUGGGGCAUAAAGCAGGAUAUUAUGGUUCAUAUAAAACCAUGUAAUGAAUUUGCAGCUGAUGGGAGACUUGAGCCAGGGAUUUCACUGGCUUGCAUCUCACAUCAUUACACUAAAGCCCAGCCUCAUAGGAAGAAUGUGAAACUCUUGACUGCAACUUCUUUGUGCUGACCUCUUAAAGCAAACGUUGCAAUCCUAAACAUACUCAUACUUUCGAGGAAACCCCUCUGUGCAUAUUAGGACUUAUUUCCAAGUAAACAUGUGCUGUAAGUGCAAAAUAUGCCAUGUGCUUGAGAAGAGAUGAGAUAAAAUUGGAAGCAUAUGUUUUAGAUAGCUCUGCUGUCACUCAGACAUGUUUUUGUAUGACUCUUGCUGACUCAUGAGUUGUGUACAGUUUGAGUAGAGGAGCAAGUAUGGAAGCUACUCUGAAGUCAUGUGGUAUAACUCAUACCCUGUAGCAGGGUAACUUGUGGCAAAUAUAGACUAAGUUAAUGAUGUCAAAAGUGAUCUUCCACCCCUCUCCUGGGUGUCCCUUGUAUGCCAAGGAUUUGGGAGGGGUAGGGUUGGUAGUGAAGCAUGCAUGCAUGCAAUUUCAUGGCCAACCAAUGUUUACAAGUCCCUUUGUAUAAAAAUUGUCUUCCAUUAAGUUUUAAAACUUUCAUUUUAUUAUGUACUUACUAGGAGAUGUACUUCUGUUUUCACUUGUCAAAAAAAAUAUUUUAUUGUCUCCAAUUACUUUUCUUUGAAACCCCUGUAUAAUAGACUGCAAAAUGUUGUCUUUGAAUUAUAUUAAUUUCUUUCAGUGGUUUAUAACCUGUUACAAAUGCAUUACUGAUACUACUCCUAACAGCAUUCAGUAGCAAUCAAGCUCAAUAUCUUUGGCUUUUUAGGCUGCAUCACAACAGCGCAGAUCAACGAGGAAGGAUCGCUCCUCCGAACAAACAUUUCAACUUUCUAGAUGGACACCUGUUAUUAAGGAUAUUAUGGAGGUAAAACUUCUAAAUAGAAUAGCUUUUAGUCAUGCACAUAAUAUUGGAUGUUUUUAAGAAAUUCUGCUUGUGUGCUGUUGUUAUCCCUAUUUUAGUUGCAUUUAAUAUAGACCUUUUACUCCUGAUAAGUUUUCUGGGAGAUUGACCACAUAGGUCAAAACAUAUAGUUGUGUGCUACAUUUAAUCCAGAGGUGGAGAGCUUUCUUCAGCCCAGGGCCCCUAUUCUGUUCUGUACAACCUUCUGGGGAGAAGGCAUGACUUGGGGAGAGUCCUGUGGGUGUGAUACUAGAGCGGCAUAUUUUGAGUCUGAUGUUUCACACUCCUAAUUUUUAGACCAGUAUAACACAAUUGCUUCAGUCUCAUACAAAAGGUAUAAUUCAGCUUUGUACAAGCACACUUCCAUUUGCACAACAGGAGUUCAUCUUUCUCUCCUCUCAUCUGCAGUCCUGAUGCACCCCAAAAAUCUGCUAAAUAGGAUCCAGAUUUGGAGGCAACUAGUUGGGAGGAGGUAUAAAAGAGAGUGGAAAUCUAUUCCAUCUAUGGACACACUCCUUCCAUUGGAAGUGCUAUUGGGCUGAGGAUGAGAGCACUCGUUAUGCUUGCAUACUUUCUCCUGCUCAUCUUGACCUGCUCAGAAAGUAACUUUCAAACGGGGCACAAUAGACAUUUAUAAAGACAGUUUAAUAAUAAAGAGUCCUAGUGUGCCUUAAGCAUUUAUACUGUUCAUCAGAGAAUAGGGAGUAAUUAAAAAGAGAAAUGCAGAAAUUUAUAUGGAAUUAAAAUUGCUGCAGCAGGCAGAAAAAUUAUUAAGUAUCCUCCAAGGCCCUCAGCAAUUUUCAGUUAGUCCGUGGGAGAAGAAAUCAAUGGUUUAAAGUGUGGACUUAAGCGAUUUAUAACAAGGCAGUUCCUUCAUUCAGAAAGGUGGCUUGUUCCUUGGAACCUUAACUUCCAUUCUUUUGUCAAUAUGUUUACAUCAUUUACCCAGGAAGUGUUUGUUGCCAUAUGCUGGCUUCACGCCUGCUUUCUAGUCAUAGAAAACCUGGGGAUUUUUAAGACUCAGAAUAAAUACUUUGUAUCAGCUUAAUUUGUUUAAAGAACCUAUUUUAUUCCAGGAUGCUAUAGAAAAUAAACUGGACACAAAAGACUGGCCUUAUUGUUCCCAGUGCCCUGCACCAUGGAAUGGUUCUGGAGCAGUGAGGUAAGUGAUUUAAUGGUAUUCAAAUUUAAAAUUGUGUGCAUGUUCCCCCUUUAAUUUCCAAAUGUUCUUUUUUUCCUCUCUGUUUUACAGUGCUCGCAAUAAACCCAAAACUAGUUACUUGGACGACCGGAAAAGUGGAUCAAGGCUAAUUGUGUUUGUCAUUGGAGGCAUUACAUAUUCUGAGAUGCGCUGUGCAUAUGAAGUUUCUCAAGCCUACAAGUCUUGUGAAGUUAUUAUUGGUAAGCCUGACUAAUUAUGCUUAGACAGGAUUGUUGUCUAAAAACUGUUUGGCUUUUGAAGCGAUAGGAGCACCAGGAUUUCUUUUUGCUUCCUUUUUCUGUCCUUUAUUUUAUUCCCCUUCUGCUCCCUCUACAAUUUGACUUUGCCACUUACAUUUCUAAACAUUACUACCCCUUCUACAUAAGAUUAAAAGUCCUUAUUUCUGGAUUGGUUCUCUUGAAUCUUCCUCUUGGUUCCUCUAAGAAUCAAGCAAUUUAAAAUAGCUGUUGUAUCUAGUCUGCAUAUUAUCAGAAAGCAUGAAUCCUCUCCUACAUUUUAUCCUUGCAUUCUCAUGUAGUUCAUUUCUCGAUCAAGUUGCAUCAAAUUUUGCAAUUAUCUAUCUGAAAUAACAGCAACUGGCAACUCAUGUUAGCUUCAAAUAGUCUUAGGAGCCUAACUACAUGUUAAUUACAUGCAUGUGAUAAUCACAUGCAUGUAAUAGCAUGCAGAUGGUCUUUUAUUUUAUUUUUCAGAAUAAAGGAAAAACUGGGGAAGGAGCAUUUUGAAGUAGGAAAUGUGUGUGAUUAACAUUUCCCAGCAAAUGUUUUACUGUUAUGGCCACUUGGCUGUAAUAUGUACUACUGUUGACAUACUGAAUUACUGGUGAAACUAAUGGCAUCUAGGAGGAAAUUAACAAGUUGCCUCAAGGUUAUUACUUAGUUCAUGGGUUGCUAAUCCUGAGCCCUGGGACCCAAAGUACCCCUCCCAAUCCAAAUCACACCCCCAAUACAUUGUUUUUGGCAGUGGCAGCAAAAAGGGAGGAAAUACACAGCACAGGGGUGAACAGAGAGGUUUAAACCUCUUUACCAAACCUAGCACCCUAAUGAGGAUGCAGGUUGUCCCAUCCCCAGUUACAAAUUUAAUAAGCUAAUGUUGUUGAUGACUGUUCCUUCAAGAUUACAUCUUUUUUUUUACCAGGUUCCACUCACAUCGUGACACCUAGAAGACUACUGGAUGAUGUAAAAGCACUUACUGUAACAAAAUCAAAGGAUACAGUCUUUUUUAAGAAUGAAUAGAAAUUAUAACCUUCAAAGAUUUUCAGCUGUGCUUAAUUUAAGAGAUAUUAAGAACACAUAAUAUAAAUAUUAUGGAUACAAUUUAGUGACAGUUAAGAGUGUUUUAAGUUCAAAUGAUUACAGUGGGAGAAGUGUUACAUAUCUGACUUCCCUAUUGAAAUCAGCAGGUCUUAAAAGUCCUUGAUUUGAACUGGAUUGUACCCUAUGUACAUAUUUUAUAAAUCAGUGCUGUAUUUGGGACUGUUCUUUUUAUAAUUUGAAAUCUGCUUUCCUUGGGUUGGGGGGAAGGGGAAGGUAAUGGAUAAGAAUAAGAUGUAUGUAACAGCUUGUUUUUAUAUUAAUGUACUUGGUUAUAGAUGGCAUUUUGCGGCGAAGUGUUUGGUGUAGAGAAUGCUCACCAUCGCAGUAUAUCAUGCUAGGACUUGGGAAACAUUUGUAUAUAUGCUAAUGAUUUUUCAGUAAUAAUGUGUAAACUUCCUAUCCUGAAAAAAAGGUCUGUUUCUAAAAAUACUAUUAUAAAAGGGCAAUGAGCUUAGCUACAAGAGGAAAUGUAAAUGUAUAGCACAAUUUCACAACUACAAUUUGGUAAGCUACAAGAUUCCAUGCAACUUGUAAGAGUGUCAUAGACAGCUGCUUUCAGUGAGGUACAAAGUGUAAGUUAAACUUUUCCUGAGAAAUCUCAAGACAGAACUUUGGUUAUGUGUGUCGGGGAUUGCAUGGUUCUCUGUAUGGUAUUUGGGUGAAGUUAAUCAUGAAAGUAAUAAACCUUUUAUCAACAAUCAAGAACGCUGAAGAA